AUGGAUCUGAACAGUGUGUUCUUUGUUCCUUCAAGUCGCUUGUUUUUCCCCCCUUUGGAUCUCACUCUGACCCUUUUUUUGAUCAUCCAGAUACGUGUCAGUAAUGAAUGCAAUUUUCUCUUCACAGCGCUCAAUGGUGCCACUAGAUUGCUGUUAUGUUGGUUCUCACAAUUCUGCAUUCUUGAAGCAGUUGACUUGCACUCGAGAAGCUUCUUACAACUGCUAAGGCCAGCUAGUGUAGAUUUCCGUGCUUUGUGA